AUGUCAAUUUUACAAUAUUAUUCUAAAACUUCUAAUGAAAGUUUAAAAAGCAGUUCAGAUAAAGAUAAUUUUAAUGAUAACAUUGCUAAACCUGCUGAACCUAUAAAUAAAACUAAACCUUUAAUUCAAAAACCUAUAGUAUAG